AUGGAGAAUCAGAAUCAGAAUAUUGCUUUCUUCAUCAUCUUCUCAGCUCUGCUAAUAAUACUCGGCACCACUUCCUUAGCCCGCGCAACUCCACUCCUCAACUCCACAACCGACCAAAACGCCCUUUUCCGAUUCAAAUCUUCCAUCACUUCCGACCCUUACCGUCUCUUAACAACAAACUGGUCUAUCGACACUUCUUCCUCUUCCGUUUGUCAAUGGAUUGGUGUCUCUUGCAGCACCAAACACAAUAACCGGGUCACGGGCCUCAACAUUUCCGGUUUUGCCCUCCAAGGAACUCUCUCCCCACAUCUCGGAAACUUGACGUUUUUAAGGUACUUAGACAUUAGUUCCAAUAAUUUCACCGGACAAAUACCCGACGAGCUGUCUCGUCUGCGCCGCCUGAGGUCUAUAGAUAUUGGAUUCAACUCGUUUUCAGGACAAAUACCGAGCUCGUUCGGAGCAUUAACUCGGCUCGAGAUCAUGCGUCUGAAUAACAACACGUUCACGGGCAGAAUCCCGGACGAGAUUGGAAAUUGUUCGUCCCUCCAAAUAUUAGAUAUGAGCCACAACCGUUUGACGGGCUCUAUUCCAUACGGGAUCUUCAACUUGUCCUCUAUUAUAGCAAUCGAUAUAAAGUCAAACCAAUUGUCGGGUAGGCUCCCGAGUGAUAUGUGCGAAAAUCUCCCGAACCUUAAGAUGCUUGCGCUCAGAGGAAAUCAAAUGGAGGGUCCGAUUCCGACGAACAUAGGCAAGUGCAGAGAGCUUCAGAUCUUGUGGCUAACGCGUAACCGUUUUGAUGGUGAAAUUCCUAGUGAAAUUGCAAGCUUGAGGAUGCUCGAGAUCUUGUAUCUGGGCUCUAACAAGUUUCAAGGUCUAAUACCAAAGAAAAUUGGAGAGUGCAAUUCGUUGAAGCAAAUAACCAUGUAUGAUAACCACUUGACAGGCGGCAUACCCCAAGAGUUGUUCGGCUUGCAAGACAUGAGGGUUUUAGAUGUGGGGUCUAACAAAUUAGAAGGUCCUAUACCAAAGCAAAUUGGAAACUGCACUUCUUUGAAGCAAAUAAUCCUUGAUAACAACAAUUUGACAGGUAGUUUACCAGAAGAGCUAAAGAAUUUGCCGUUCCUCGAGUACUUAAGCGUGCAAAUAAAUCAACUGUCGGGUUCGAUCCCUCCAUCGAUCUUCAACAUAUCAACUUUGAAGGAGUUGUACCUUUCGUUUAAUCGUUUCUCCGGGACUCUUGCACUCUCUCCCGAGCUCUCCCUUUCGAACCUCGAAAGUUUGUACUUGUCGAGAAAUGAACUCACUGGGGAGAUUCCCAUUUGUAUCACCAAUGCUUCUAAUCUGCAAGAGUUGCAUUUGCAAGGUAACUCAUUCACUGGCUCCAUACCCAACUUCGGCAGCUUGAGGCUCUUACGUAUGCUUAUCUUUUGGGGUAAUUCUCUGAGAGGAGCUGAAUCUCCGAAUCAUGAACUUGAAUUUAUCUCUUCAUUAGCUAACUGCCGGUUUUUGGAGCAAUUAGCAAUUUACGAUAACCCACUUAACGGCACCCUUCCUGUUUCCAUUGGAAAUUUAUCCAAAUCUCUCACAAAUUUCUGGGCAGAUGACUGCAACAUUAACGGAGUUAUUCCUUCUACAAUCGGAAACUUGACUGGUUUGCGAUUAAUAGAUUUAUCAGGAAAUGCAAUCACAGGAAUAAUCCCACCAACAGUGGGGAACUUAAAUCAACUUCAAGCAUUGGAUCUUCAUGGUAAUCAACUGAGUGGGUUAAUCCCUCGAGACAUUUGCAGACUGAGUAAUAUAGGCGACUUGUACCUAUACGAAAAUAAUCUCACGGGUCCCAUACCUGAAUGCUUGGGAGACCUCAGAUCGCUAAGACAAAUCUACUUAGGUUCAAACCAGCUAAAUUCCAGCAUACCUCUCGAUUUCUGGAACUUACGGGACCUCUUGUUUCUCAAUUUGUCCUCAAACCAUUUGAGUGGUCAAGUUUCUUACGAGAUUUCAAGUUUGAAGCAACUCAAUGUAUUAGACUUGUCACAUAAUCGAUUCUCAGGGGAAAUUCCAGGAUUAAUUGAUGGUUGUCAAUCACUAACGAUCUUAGAUUUGUCGGACAACAGAUUUGAAAGAUCCAUUCCUCCAUCACUGGGUAACAUCAGAGCCUUGAGCGUGUUGGAUCUAUCUAAUAAUAACCUUUCAGGACUGAUACCAGAGUCUUUACGAGGCCUCGAAACACUUGAAUACUUUAACGUGUCUUACAAUGAGCUGGAGGGAAUGAUUCCCACAGGUGGCCCUUUUGUUAACUUCAGUGCUCGAUCUUUUCUUCACAACUCUGCUCUUUGUGGAGAUCAAAGAUUUCAAGUGCCUCCCUGCAUUGAGAAUAAUAAUAUCAGAAAAUCAAGACGAAAGAAAGUUGAGAGGUUAUUGAAGUAUACUUUGCCUCCAUUCUUUCUAGCUAUCAUAAUAACAAUCAUCGUGCUAGUUGUGUUGGUGAGAAGACAAAAACAAAAGGGAGGACCUUCUUCUUCUACUGAUGUUUCACUGGGUGCUAUUAUUUGGAGAAGAAUUUCAUAUAGAGAACUCGAAAGGGGAACAGAUGGUUUUAGCGAAACAACCAUGCUUGGAAAUGGAAGCUUUGGUUCGGUUUACAAAGGAGUCCUUUCUGAUGGGCUAAAUGUUGCGGUGAAAGUCUUCAACUCGCAGUUAGAAAGAGCCAUUCGCAGUUUUGAUACCGAAUGUGAAAUACUUAGCAGCAUUCGCCACAGAAACUUGGUCCAAAUAAUUGGUUGUUGUAGCAACACGGAAUUCAAAGCUUUGGUUCUCGGGUACAUGCCAAAUGGCAGCCUCGAGAAAUGGUUGUAUUCGGAGAAUUGUUGGUUGGAUUUGAUGCAGAGGCUGCAAAUAGCAAUAGAUGUUGCAUCAGCCUUGGAAUAUCUCCAUCAUGGCCAUACAUUCCCUGUCGUUCAUUGUGAUAUAAAGCCAAGUAACGUUUUGCUCGAUGAGGAUAUGGUAGCUCACCUUGCUGAUUUUGGGAUAGCCAAACUCUUCGAUGAUGGUGAGACUAUGGUUCAUACCAAAACCUUGGCGACCAUAGGUUAUGCAGCACCAGAGUAUGGAUCGGAAGGCAAAGUUUCAACAAGUGCAGAUGUUUAUAGCUUUGGCAUACUUCUGUUGGAAAUGUUUACGAGGAAGAAACCGACUGAUGAUAUUUUCAAUGAAGAAAUAAGCUUAAAAGAGUGGGUAUGUGAAGCAUUACGACAAAAUGCAGUUGCAGAAGUCGUGGUCCCUAAUUUGCUAGCAAGUACAGAUCAACAUCUUAGUGCAACAAGUGCAACAGAAGAAUGUGUCUCAUCUAUUUUACAUUUGGCGAUGAAAUGUUUACCAGUUUUGCCGAACGAAAGGAUUGACAUGAUAGAAGCAGCAGCUGCACUGCAGAGGAUUAAAGCCAAAAUUUUGGCUGAGACCACAACUAGUCAGCAAUAUGCAUUCUCCAUUUCUGUCACAUAA